AAUCUAUAAAUAUGGGCAACCUAAGACGAACAACAUCUCCACUUACUUUUUCGAUCUUAUCCUUAUCUUCUUCCUUGUUCUAUUUGGCUUCUAAUCUCUCUCUCUUCCCAAAGUCUUCCUACAUCUUCUUGUUUAAGUUGUUGAGAUCUUUGUCUGAUAAAUCUAGAGUUAUUACUAUUUGACCAAAGAUAAAAUGUCAAUGGACCGUGUUAUGAAAUGAGAAACCUCAACCAAUUCUCUCGUUUCCUCGUUUAUCAUUCUGUAUCCGUCGUGAUUCUUCACUGGUUUUACGUAUUUUCUUGAACAUUUUUUCUCUAUUUCUUGUUUUUUUUUCUCUCCCAAAAUAUUAGGACAAAAACAUGGCAAACGCUGAGAAGACAAGUUCAGUUUCCGACAUAGACGAGAAGAAGAGGAAACGCAAGUUGUCAAACCGCGAAUCUGCUAGGAGAUCGCGUCUCAAGAAACAGAAGAUGAUGGAAGACACGAUCCACGAGAUCUCGACUCUUCAGAGACGAAUCAAAGAGUACACUGAGAGAUGCAAAGCGGCGAGAGCGAGGCUUGACGCGGUAGAGUCGGAAAACGCGGGUUUGAGAUCGGAGAAGACGUGGCUUUCAAGUUACGUUAGAGACUUGGAGAAUAUGAUGGCCACGACUUCGUUAACGCUGACGCUGAGUGGAGGCGAUGAUCAGAACGCAAACGCGGAUGGAGAUUGUAGGCGUAGACCAUGGCAGCAGCAGUAUGGUUGUGAUUCUCUCCAGCCAGUUGCCUCUUUCAAAACAUGAACUUAAUUUGUGUGUUAGUCUGUACUUUUGUUGACCAUUUUAUAAUUUGUGUCUUUCAUUUUUACUUUAUUUUAGACAUCUUUUAUUUGGUGAAAAAAAACAUUGGAAAACGCCGACUGUGGGGAUCGAACCCACGGCCACGGGAUUAAAAGUCACGCGCUCUACCACUGAGCUAAGUCGGCUGCUGUGCUAAACAUUUCUUUAAACAAUAUCUAUACUAAGGCUUCA